AUGGGCGCCCCCUCCUCCCGUGGCGCCCGGGCCACUCGGCAACGCCUGCCUGCAGCCCAGCGCGCGCACACGGCUUCUUUAAAGCCGGGACCGGGCAAGCGAGCAGGCGCCUUCGGACUCUCCCUCGCCGAGCUCCGGCCGCUCUUCUGCCGCGUCCUGCGCCUCAGCGCGGCUGACUGGGGGCGAAGAGAGGAUCCCGCCAGCCAAGCCCCCCGGGGAGCAGAGGAUCGUGUAGACACAUUCAGAAUAUUUAACCUUGAGCUCCCAGAAAGGAAUAACAUCUUAGAGAAGUUCCAGGAGGAGUACACUUCAAGGAAACAAGAGCACUACCAUCCACUUGAGUGGCGCAAUAACCCUCAACCACAACAUGUCAAGUUCAUCAAGACCAAUGCCAAGUUUUUAAAUAAACCAAUCUGUUAUGUGGACACAGAAGACACAAAAUCCAAAGAGGAUCAUUGGUGGCCGUGUAGUGAACCCUUAGUGCAUCAUCCUAAACCACCUUAUGACAAGCAAAGCACUCAAAGAAAUGAUUUCCAGAAGCCAAUCUGUAAAUUGUCUUGGCCUAUUAAGUACAGUAGUGUACAGUCACCUUCACAUGGAAUAGUUCCACUUGCCUCUCCUCAAAUGCCGACCAGACUUCCAAGGAUUUUCCAAGAGGAGAUCUCUUUCAAACAUCACUAUAAUGCCAGAGUAACUCCCUGUAUCCCCUACCAAGGGAAGAAACAGGGUGCUUUUGUGUGGCGAGAGAUAAAGCCAGCAAGGGGGAUGCUAGUUCCUGAGGGAGCCACAGCACCGACGAGUACGCAAGGGUCAGAGCUGUUGGAACAGCCGCAAGCAGAGAAAGGAAACCAUAUGACCUCACCCUGCCUGUGCAUGCCGGAUUCCCAGGAGACACCAGAUUCCGACACUGGCUUAUCAAAAACAGACAUCAGUGUGGAAGCCAAGGCAGACCUCAAUGCCUCUGAGAAGGGACUGAAGAGUGGAGGGAUUUCUCAGAAAGACAAAGUGGAUUUUGGCUGUCCGGCCGGAGAGGCACCUUCCUGUGGAGUGAGAGAGGCUUCCCUCCAUGAAUUGCAGGACCACUUACCUCCUCUGCCUAAAGUAGAACAAUGUCCAGGAGAAAUUCAGAUGGCCUAG